GAAUGGACGAAGCUUUAAAAAAUAUUAUUAAAACUGGUGAGAUGACUCAAGACGUAGCCCAAUAUUUAUUUUUGCAUGGAGGGAUUUUGGUUUAUUUUAUUAGUUUAAAUAUUAAUAUUUUAAAGAUUUUAAAAGACUUUCCCGAAGGAAGUGAAUUUGGAAUUGAUUGUCGUUCGUGGACUGUUGGACGUAAAUUUCUUGGAAUUAAGAUGAUUCCGCCAGGCAUUCAUUUUGUUUAUAUGAGUGUACCAGGAGCACCAAAAAUUGCAUUUUUCCACAAUUUUGUUCUAAAAGAAAUUGUUUUGAGGAAAUGGGAUAAGAAAAAUGAAGAUUUGUUUAAUUGUGUUUCUGAUGAUGUUGAGUUGGAAAGGGUUAGAAGUAAUUUAAUGACUCUUGAUUCACAUUUGGGUGCUUAUCCUUUUACAGACUACCAACUUUGGGCUUCUUUUUCAACCAAUAUUACGUCUAAAACACUCAAACGUUUAUCACCUACAAAUAAACUUGGAAGAAUCUCAUCACAAGUUGAAAUGACUACUUUAGAAGCAGAAACUGAGAAACAACUGAAUGAUCCUCUUGGACUUUCUAUAGUUGAUAAAGAACAUAGAGGCCGAAUUCGUUUUACUGAUGAAAGUGGCCUUCCAGUUAUGAACGCUAAAGACGAUGAUUCUAAACUUGGUUUUACAGAAAUUCCGAAAAUAACGGUCUACGAAGGCUUUGAUCAAUGGAAACGGAUUAUUCAUUUACUUUGUAGCUGCAAAUCAGCAAUAGAAAAAUCCCCUUCAUUCUUCAAUGAUUUGUUGAUGGUACUCCAUUAUCAAAUGAAAAUGGUGCCCGAUAAUUUCUUUGCCGAAACGUUUGGAAAUAAUUUUUUGGUUUCUACUCUCUCGCUUCUUUUUGCUAAUAUUGAAGGUUUUUUUUUAAAUUUUUCAAAAAAGUCCGCAAAUUUUGUCCGCAAGUUUGAAUAA